AUGGUUCACUAUGACCCUUCUCCUUUUUCCCCGUCGUAUCCACCUAAUCCACCCCCGCCUCUCCCGUGCUCCCUCUCCUCGAUGUCACCCGUCGUUCACGUGCAGAGUGAUCAAAGUAGUGUUUUGACGCGCCGCAAUCCACCUUAUUCACCCCCGCCUUUCCCUCGCUCCCUCUCCUCCUUGUCACCCGUCGUUCACGCGCAGAGGGUGAAGCGGCAUUGGAGCGACUCGGCGUCUAUUUUAGCAGGGAGCACGGUAGUUAUCACAGUUGCUUCUGUCUUGCUUUCGUUCGCUCGUCCUCGUGUCCAUCCCUCACUCCCUUCCUCGACAUCAGUCCCCUUCGUCGCGCCUGCGUCCGUUCGCUCGCUCUUGCUCCCCCCUGCCUCCCCCGCUCCGCCCCCUCGUUCCUCCCCCGCCGCUCCGCCCCCUCGCUCCUCUCCCACUUCACCCCAUGCUCCUCCCUUUUUCUUCCUUCCGCGCUUUCUCUUCCCGCCCUUUCUUCCAUCUCCCCUGCCUCCCCUUCCCCCUUUUUUCCCCCUCCCCCCUUCUCCCUUUCGCCCUCGUCAAUCCCCAGGUGUUCGCCCCUCUCAUGCAACUGUUGCUGCUGCUGCUUUCGACCCUGCAAGCACCAGCAGCGAAGGCGGCUCAUCAAAGAAGUCUACAGGCGGGUCUUCCCGCGGGCUCAUGAAGCCGUACAGCGGCCGAGUCCCCAGCUACGCGCCCAAGACUAUUUCAUACAAGUCCGGUCCCGUGAUGUCCCAACCUCUCGAAGUCUACCUCAUCUGGCACGGCACGUGGCCCACCGCUCAGAAGACGCCCGUGCAGAAGUUUGUCGACUCCAUUUCCAACACCACGCUCGCCAACAAGCCCGGCAGCGUCAGCGACUGGUGGAACAUCAACCGCCUCUACAAGGCCGGCGCCACCUAUGUCACCUCGACUGUUUCUCGUAGUAACACGGAGAUUGACAUUGCAGCUGCAUCGUCAGCCUCAGGGCAAACCCCGUUGACAAAAGCCGAUCUGCUCGCGCUCAUCAACUUCCAGAUCCUCUCGGGGUCGCUCCCGCGAAUCAGCAGUGCCGUCUACGUCAUCUUCACCUCUGCUGACGUGGAUGUGGAUGGAUUUGGGUCCGAGUUUUGCGCCUUCCACAGCGUCAGCGGCAGCAUCAAGUGGGCGUGGGUUGGCAUGCCCGAGAAGGUGAGUGGUCGGUGUGUGUGA